ACACUGUAUUUUGCACUCAGCAUUGCCAGACAUUUAGUGAGCGAUGUGGCAGCCCAGGCCUGAAAGCGAGAGAACCAAAGAGUAGAGUACAGCGACUAUAAAUUCAGCGGAAAAACUCCAAAUAAAUGGUAAUACGCAAGAAGUGUCCAAAGCACGGACAAAAAGCGAGGUCACGAAAUCGAGGAGAAGCCAUUUUGCGUGGCAACAUACACGCCAGAACCAAAAUACGAAUCCUCGGCGCCCCAGGUUCAGCAACAAUAACUACCACACAAAGAUGCGCAGCAACUCUAAGGCGGACCCCAUCUCGCUGACCUUCCACGACUGCUGCCUGCGGAUGUCCGACGUUCAGCUGCUCCACGGACCCCACUGGCUGAACGACCAGAUCCUGAGCUUCUACUACGAGUACCUGGCGCACAUGAAGUACAAGACGAAUUCGGAUCUGCACUUCAUCGCGCCGGAGAUUACACAGUGCAUGAAGUACAUGGGUGACCAGGAGCUAAAGCAGCUCCUCGACCAGAGCAAUACCACUGGCAAGCCCUUCAUCUUCUUUGCGCUGAAUGACAACGAGAGCACCGAUGCUGGUGGCACCCACUGGUCACUGUUGGUCUUCUCGCGGCCGGAGAAGACAUUCUAUCACUUUGAUUCGUACGGGAACAACAAUACGGGCAACUCCUUGGAGUUGAUGAACAAGAUCAAGGAGCUGUUGGGCGCCCGAAUGGCCAAAUUCCGGCCAAUGCGCUGCCUGCAGCAGGCCAACGGCUACGAUUGCGGAAUCCACGUCAUCUGCAUGACCGAUCACAUAGCCGAUUACCUGAACAGGUACGAGGUAAUCGACGGACUGCCCUCGCUGCACAUCGACACCGUGAAGGCGAAGCGCACGGAGCUGCUGAAACUCAUCCUGUCGCUGGGCGGCAAGGGAUAGAGCCUGGCGGGGAUCGGCGCGGAUUUCCGCCCACAGCUGACUAGUUUUUAUGUGACCAAAUUACGAAUGUAACUCUGCCGGAAGAAGAGAGGGCCAUCGGAAUACACAUGUGAAUACGAUAUCCAUGA